UAGGUUAGGUUUUGUGCUUCUUCAGUUCUGAUUUCUGUAUGUAAAAAUAAACAGGUAAAUGUGGCACUUGGCCACUGUAAUUUGAUGUGGAAGUAAGAUAAACUGACUAGGUAAAGAAUAAUAAUAAUUUGAUUAGUGUACACAUAGCACAACUAUAAGCAUUGUAAAGUGUAGUGUUGGCAUGUGUAGAUGGUCCCUGUGCGGCAGUGGUCUGUCGGAGCGCAAGGCGGCGCUACUGAAGUUGUCGCUGGAGGCGGCGACAUGCGCUCAGCGCGACCGGUUCGCGGAGCAGCCGGCGCGGGCCGUCGCCGCCGCCGCCGCCGCCACCGCCGCCACCGCGGACUACAUCAUACAGGACGUGUCGGACCCGAUGGUCCUGCAGCCCGCGUGGCUGGACACGGUGUCGCUGCGCCAGGCCGACAAGCCGCUCGGCUUCGACGUCGUGCCGUCCUUCUGCGGCCACCACCAGCUCGCCGACAUACGCUUCGGCUCGCCCGCGCACGCCUCGGGGGCCGUGCAUAAUGGGGACGAGAUAGUCCAGGUGGGCGCGGCGUGCGUGGUGGGGUGGAGCGGCGCGGCCGUGCUGCGCCAGUGUGCGCGCGCCGGCCCGCUGCUGGCGCUGCGGCUGCGGCGCCGCGCGGUGUCGUGCAGUACAGGGCUGGAGCUGUCGCCCCGGCCCCGCACGUGUCUGGGGGUAGUACUGGACCGAGCCCCGCCCGUACCUUCGGGGCCUGGCUUGGCGCCCCAGGGGCCCGGCCUGGCGCCUUCUGGCCCGCAGCCUUCCGACGAGGCCGCGGCGUCGGACCGCAAUCGCGGUAAGCUAGACAAGAGCCACUCGACUCCUGCCUACGACUUCGAUGCGAGUCUGGACGAGCCCGGCCCCCUAGCCGCACAGACUAUUCCGGAAUCCCCCACUACACCCACGGACAGUCCACUGGCUCUACAUGCGACGGACAAAGCGGACCGUAUCCUUGACUUUAAGAAAUCAAGUUCUCAAAUCGGCGAGGCGAUACAACGCGGAAGACGCAGUAAUGCUGAUGAAAGAUCAGUACCAGCGGAAUCUGAACCACACGCUGAAGACGAUAUGUUUGCGGGCGACCGAGACGAGUCCGCCACGGAGCGGAUACUGGAGACCAUCAACAUCGCCAUGAUGGAGCAUCGCCGCCGCACUGAGCGGGCCGGCACUGACGAUACGUACAGGCCCCAGCCCGCGCCGCGCCCCGCGCCCCCGCCCCGCCCAGCCGCGCUAGGGCCGCCUGGGGGCGCGGGGGCGAAGCCCGGGGGCCGCGCCCCCCCCCAGUUCCCCGUACUGCGCGCCGUGCCGCGGCCGGAGGACCCCCCUACGUCACCCCUGAAGCCCAUCAGACCCGUCGACGCCACACAUAUAUCAGUACCUCUUCGUCAUAUAACGAAGCACGACAUUCGAAUAAUACCGAGUGAGCGCCAUGAGAUGCCAGCCAUUAAUAGUCCCGUCAGCGAGCCCGUGGCAAUGGGCCUGGGCAGCCCGGGCGCGGGCCCCGCCGGGUCCCUGCGGCGGCGCUCGCCCGGGCCCCCGGGCGCCGGCACCGGGGACAUCGUGAUGGGGGCCCACGUCAACACAGACUCGUCUUCCGGGAAAGGUCAUGCCUUGUCACCUACCAGUGCAGUCCGCGGUAUCUUCCCCAACUCCAAGUCCAGGAGUUUGAAGAAGAAAAGUUCUAUUCUCGCCAGUGAGUAUAGUAUUUGGUCUAACAUGGUGGCGGGGUGUAUGUAACGUCCCGUCGGAUUGGACUGAUUACUGGCUACACGUCAUAUCCGAGAACGGGUGCCUUCUGCUGGAGCAGGUCGGCUCGCUCAUCGUGGUGGUGGGCUGAUUCAGUAGGGUUAGUGCUUUGAAUUAUAAAUGUUUAGAUGGAGUGUCAGUUUACAAAAAAGCAGUCCAAAAGUUUGCAGUGAACUAUUCACUGCAAUGCAUUUUCCCGUCAAGUAGUUAGUAAUUGUGUCACCUAGGUGUCACUAUGUGUAUGCACGCUACAAAAUAAACAAAAAAGUACACUGCAAAGAUGGCCACUUGCUCCAUGUAAAUGUGCUAAAAUUAUACAUGACGGUUAAAAAGUACUAAACAGAUCACUUAUCCAUCGCUAAGUUAUUAAAAAUUACAUUAUUCAAUUUAUGUUUUUGUCCUAACUAAUUGCCGCCAUAUUUUAUUAGUGUUGCCAAUUUAUUAUUCAACAUUCCAUUCUCACGGUCUCAUAAAGAAGGAAAAAUUGACAAAAAAUCUCACUUGGUUGUAAAUUAAAAAUA